CUGUGACUAGAUAGGCGGUCAGUGAAGUGCGUAGGGUAGUUGAACUGUGCAACCCAAAUACUUGUUCUGUUGGUUGGUUACACCUGCUCGCAAAACAAUUCUCACUGUCGGUUUCAUUGGACAUUGUUUAUCAUUCAUACAGUGUUUUUUAGUCGAUGAAAGUAUUGCUUGGCAAAUGAGGAACAGAGGACGUGUUUUCAUAAAAGCACCGACCUGAGCUCAUGGGUUUUCCCCCCAUCAUCUGUCCCAGCCAUGAAGCAGCAGAGUGGACUGUAGACCCACUCUGAGCCCAGAGAACAGCAGAACUCGCUCCCACACUAAGGUUGGUAUGGUAAAAACGGGGCGCGUGGAUGAGGAGGAGCAGCUGCAGUGAGGUGGAACACCGCGGUAACCACGGGACCGUCUAGCCCCGCCCACCCACCAUGCCCUCGUCCACGCGGAAGGGAGUGCCGAAGGACCCAGAGCAGGCCGACCUCUUCUUCAAAGAAGACCCAGAGGAAGUCUUCUGUGACCUCCACGAGAUCGGCCAUGGCAGCUUCGGGGCUGUCUACUUUGCCAGGAACUCCUACUCCAACGAGGUGGUGGCCAUCAAGAAGAUGUCCUACAAUGGCAAACAGACCACCGAGAAAUGGCAGGACAUCAUCAAGGAGGUCAAGUUUUUGGAACAGCUGCGCCACCCAAACACCAUUGAGUAUAAAGGCUGCUACUUAAAGGAUAACACUGCCUGGCUGGUGAUGGAGUACUGCCUAGGCUCCGCAUCAGAUUUACUAGAGGUUCAUAAGAAACCGCUCCAAGAGGUUGAAAUUGCUGCCAUAACCCACGGUGCCUUGCUAGGACUGGCUUACCUACAUUCCCGUAAUAUGAUUCACAGAGAUGUAAAAGCUGGAAACAUCCUGCUAACGGAGCCAGGCCAGGUCAAAUUGGCAGACUUCGGCUCUGCCUCUACAGCCUCUCCUGCCAACUCCUUCGUAGGAACUCCUUACUGGAUGGCCCCGGAAGUGAUCCUAGCCAUGGAUGAGGGUCAGUACGAAGGGAAGAUCGACAUCUGGUCCCUGGGAAUCACCUGCAUAGAACUGGCGGAGCGGAAGCCUCCCCUGUUCAACAUGAACGCUAUGAGUGCCUUAUAUCACAUUGCCCAGAACGACUCUCCCACGCUGCAGUCCAACGAGUGGUCGGACCCCUUCCGGAGCUUUGUUGACUGCUGCCUCCUCAAAAUUCCUCAGGACAGACCCUCGUCUGGGGAGCUGCUGCGACAUGACUUUGUACGUCGGGAGCGCCCCCCGCGGGUCCUUAUGGAUCUGAUCCAGAGGACCAAGGACGCGGUGAGGGAGCUGGACAACCUGCAGUACCGUAAGAUGAAGAAGAUCCUCUAUCAGGAAAAACACAUGGGGGAGAGCCUGGAGGAGGAGGAGGACUGUGAGCAGGCCAGCUGUAAGACGAACAGCCUGGGCAGUAACCACUCCAUCCCCAGCACCUCAGUCAGUACAGGAAGUCAGAGCAGCAGCGUCAACAGCAUACAGGAGGUCCUAGACGAGAGCUGCUCCGACGUGACCAUGAUGCACCACGACUAUGACAGCAGCUUAGAGUCCUCCGCACACACCAAAAAGGACCACAUGUAUAACUGGGAUGAUGGUCUGAAACGUGACCACAGGCCGGAGCUGAUUCCAGCAUCCUCUGACAUGAGCAAGGCACACAACUAUCGCCACAACAACUUCUCCACCAUCAAAUCAGCAUCACUGGUAACCAAGCAGAUCCAUCAGCAUGAGCAGGAGAAUGAGCUGCGGGAGCAGAUGUCCGGUUAUAAACGGAUGAGACGGCAGCACCAGAAGCAGCUGAUCGCUCUGGAGAACAAGCUGAAGGCAGAGAUGGACGAACACCGGCUGAAGCUGCAGAAGGAGGUGGAGACCCAGGCCAACAAUGCCCACAUAGAGCUGGAGAAACUGGCCAAGAGACACACCGUCCACUGUGAAAAAGAGAUGAAGACAACGUCAUCAGAUGAGAAGAAGUUCCAGCAGCAGAUAGUGUCCCAGCAGAAGAAGGAUCUCACCACCUUCCUGGAUAACCAGAAGAAGCAGUACAAACUCUGCAAGGAGAAGAUUAAAGAGGAGAUGAAUGACGACCACCACACCCCUAAGAAGGAGAAGCAGGAGCGCCUGUCGAAGCACAAGGAGAACCUGCAACACAGCCAGGCUGAGGAGGAGGCCCAGGUCCUGAGCCAACAGAGGGCCUUCUACGACAGGAACUGCAGAGGCUUCAAACGCAAAGUCGUGAUCAAGAGGCACACGUUGGAACAGGAGCAGAUACGAGAGGAGCUGAACAAGAAGAAGACACAGAAGGAGAUGGAGCAUGCCAUGCUGAUCAGACAUGACGAGUCGACCCAGGAGCUGGAGCAUCGUCAGCUGAAAACCCUUCAGAAGCUCCGCAUGGACCUGAUCCGUCUGCAGCACCAGACAGAACUGGAGAACCAGAUAGAGUACAACAACCGCCGCGAGAGAGAGCUCCACCGCAAGCACGUUCUGGAGCUACGACAGCAGCCCAAGAACCUCAAGGCCAUGGAGCUGCAGAUUAAGAAACAGUUCCAGGACACGUGUAAGGUCCAGACGCGUCAGUACAAGGCCCUGAGACACCACCAGAUGGAGGUGACGCCCAAGAGCGAGCACAAGGCGGUCCUCAAGGCCCUGAAGGAGGAGCAGACCAGGAAGCUGGCCAUUCUGGCCGAGCAGUACGAACAGAGCAUCAACGAGAUGAUGGCAUCGCAGGCGCUGCGUCUGGACGAGGCCCAGGAAGCCGAGUGCCAGGCUCUGAGGCACCAGCUGCAGCAGGAGAUGGAGCUGCUUAAUGCCUACCAGAGUAAGAUCAAGAUGCAGACCGAGGCCCAGCAUGACAGAGAGCAGCAGAAGCUGGAGCACAAGGUGUUGCUGCGCAGAGCCCACCUCGAACAAAAGAUUGAAGAGGAGCUGGCUUCCCUUCAGAAGGAGCGUACAGAGAGGAUCAAGCACCUGCUGGAGCGCCAGGCAAGAGAGAUUGACACGUUCGACAUGGAGAGUCUCCGUCUGGGCUUCGGUAACCUGGUGGCCCUGGACCCCCCCAAGGACAUCUACAGAUGAUUAGACCAGCCCAGGUAAUCUGGUGGCCCUGGAUACCCCGAAGGACGACUACAGAUGCCUAGACCAGCCCUGGUAACCUCCUCGUGACCUCCUGUCUAUCUUCAUCAUCUGGUCUGACCCUCCUCGUCCCCCUGACCUGGUCUGGUCGGGAUUGACCGGGCAGUUAGGGUCUUUAGCCACUGAUGCACACACACACACACACACACAUUAACACACGCACAUGUGCAUGUACACACACUCCAGCCCAGUGCUAGUCUAAUGCCAACGGGGCCCCCAAUCUCAUAGUAUGGUGUACAGAUGACUAAAAAUGCUGGAUAACUUCCUAGGCUUUCUUUCUUUUUAAAGAACAACAACACAAUGUCACAGUGUUUCUGUUUCUUGUGCAGUGAUGGCACUUUUAGUGUGACUGAAACCGGAAAGCAGACAGAGAGAAUAAGAGAAAAGAGUAUGAUGAUACAAGUGAGUAAUAUUGUGUUGCUCAAUGAUCAUGCAUUAGAGGUUAAUAAUUGGUUCAAGCUGUGCAAAAAAACUUCCAAAGCCCAAAAACUCAAAAACAAACUGAUCCUUCUGCAGCCUUGUUGUCUUAUUGGCGCUGCUUCCAGUUCCUUCAACUAUUUUUUAGAUUUAUAUUCAUCGGGACAUUUUUAUAGAAAAUAUCAAGCAAUUUCAUACGUUGAGAACAUGUUUGAAGUCAUAAUGUACAUGUUGGUACGUUAAUAAUUUUGACUCUUUGGAGAGAAUUUGACUUGACUUGGGAGGGACACUGAGGAGGGAGACUUGCAAUGGACACUGGUACUCUACUGUAUUAUACUGAUUCUCUGCACUGGCAGGUAAUGUGAAUACUACAUGGUUACGUCUGGAAUUGCACCCUAUUCCCUAUGUAGUGCAGUACUUAUAGGGCACUGGUUAGUGCACUAUAUAGUAAUAAAAUAGUGCACUACAUAGGGAAUAGGUUGUGAUUUGAGACGGAGCCCAUGUGAAUCCCUACUCCCAGGUAGCACAAAGGGCUUUGUCGCAGGGGGAGGGAUAUGUAUUUUGUGUAUAGAAGGAUUUAUGGUAGAGCCUUUUACUUAUUUUCGUAUUGUACUAUUUUAAUUGUUAUUCAAAUCGAUUUUUUUUUUAAAUGAUGGUUUUCUCCUCUUCGUUCAGUAAGUCGACUCGAUCACUCAAUGGGUUUCUUUCUCUGACAUUCUGUCUGAAAUGAGUCAUUAUUUUUGCUUUAACCGCCACACUCUACAAGCUGAGUAUUUUCUUAUAAACCAGAUCAGUAAAAUAAAUGCUUUAUUAUUGCAUGCACUUUCAUUUUGUUUUCCAGGAUUAAGAGAGAGCAUGAAUCUGUCAGCUUUUAAUUAUAUUUGUAAAUAAAGUGCUCAUCACACAA